GGCAUCUUUAAUGUUUGCACUUUUCAGAGGUUCUCUCCAAGGCUCGUUGCCUCUGAAACCCGUCUUUAAUAUUCUGUGUUCAAUCACAUUUUUUGGUUUUCUAGAUCCAGAUGGAGGAAAUCAAGGACAACCCUUCUCAAGUUAACAGAUUCCAGGUGAAUGGAAUUGACGAUUUUAACAUUGUGGAAUGGAAAAAGAAAAGAAAAUUACAGAGUGAUCAGUUGGAUUUGCUUAGACCAAAACAUAAAUGCUGGGUUGGAAGUUACUCCCCUGGACAUGCUUCAAUGUUUGAUGAAAAUCCAGUUUUUGAGGGCAUUCAUAAUCACACAGGUGAAAGGUCCGAACCUGAAUCUGCCAAAGAUAGCAAUAGUUUUAUGGAAGACAGUGAUACUGCUGUGUCUGUAAAUAAAGAAGCCAAUCAUGAGACAGAUUGCGAAAAUUCAUACUUAUAUGUAAACAGGAUGAGCUAUAUCGAAGAGGAAGCAUUUGUUGACACUGAAUGCAUUCCACACUAUGAUGAUACUGAUGCACAAGAUUUGAACAAUGAUGAGGAACACCUUAUGGGGAUAGAAGGCUUUUCAGGUCGUGAAUGCUCAGAAUAUGCCAAAGAAAGCAAUGAGUACCCAGUAGAUAAGGAAUUCGAAGAUUUUCUCUUUUCCAGUGGGGUAGAUCCUAAUGUGUAUGUCCUUUCAUCCGGAAGAUGGAAUGUAAAUCAAGAAGCCCAAUCAAACUCAAGGCCACCAACAAUUGAUCAAGAGUUUGAGGAGUACUUUUCUAUGCUUAUGCUCUAGGACAGUUUUCCUAUGAAGGGAGUAUGUAUAAUUGUAUAUAUAAUGUUGAAAACAGAUGUUGUAUGUACUAAUUGUACGAAGAUUUAGUAGUUUUAGUUACAUCUGCAGUAGGUGUAAUAUGAGAUUUCUUCUUAUAUC